AUGAGGAUCGAGAAGUGCUAUUUUUGCUCUUCAAAUAUAUACCCUGGACAUGGUAUAACAUUUGUCAGGAAUGACUGUAAUAUAUUUCGGUUUUGUCGGUCGAAAUGUCAUAAGCUGUUCAAGAAGAGGAAGAACCCAAGGCAGGUCAAAUGGACAAAGGCUUCACGGUUAGCUAGAGGCAAAGAAUUGAAGGGGGAUCUAACUCUUCAAAUGGAAGUAAGGCGUAAUGAACCUACAAGAUAUGAACGCCAACUAUGGAAAGAUGCUGUCGAUGCCAUGAAGAAAAGUUCUGCAAUUAAGACAAGGAGGUACGGAGAACUUAUCAAGAAGUCUUUGAAACCUGGCAAGGCAGUAAGGAAAGCCUCUCAGAUUGCUAAAGCAAAGAAAUUGGCUCACUUGAUACGUGCUCCAGAGGUAGUUAGGCAGUCCGUUGCCGAAAAACAGCCUGUGAAAGAGGAAGAAAUGGAAGUAAAUUAA